CUGUAGCUCUAUGGGCGCGGGUAUACGUAGGAAAUCGGCGCGCGAAAGCUAUAGCAGGAAGUGAGAGCAGCUGAAAGGAAACGGCGGCCAGUUUAGGAUUUGAAUCUAUCAAACUACUUCCAUAAUCUUCAAACAUCUACAAUAAUAUGGCAGACCCGAAGGACCAAGAUGACCACGACACCACUGCAGAUAGUGCAGAAGAUGCUAACCAUGAUCCCCAUUUCGAGCCCAUUGUGUCCCUCCCUGAGCAGGAUGUGAAAACAUUAGAGGAGGAUGAGGAGGAACUCUUCAAAAUGCGGGCUAAACUAUAUCGUUUUGCCUCUGAGAACGACCCACCAGAGUGGAAGGAGAGAGGAACUGGUGAUGUGAAGCUGCUGAAACACAAAGAGAAGGGCACAAUUCGCCUCCUGAUGAGAAGAGACAGAACCUUAAAGAUUUGUGCCAAUCAUCACAUUAAACCUAUGAUGGAGCUGAAGCCCAAUGCUGGCAGUGACAGGGCUUGGGUGUGGAACACACUGGCAGAUUAUGCAGAUGAAUGCCCCAAACCUGAACUCCUGGCAAUACGCUUUUUAAAUGCAGAAAAUGCUCAGAAGUUCAAGGUGAAGUUUGAUGAGUGCAAGGAGGAGGUCAAAAAACAUCUAGAAGGCACAGGCAACUCCGAGAGUGCAAACAAGGUUGCAGAGAAGCUGGAGGAGCUUUCUGUAAAAGACAAAGUAUCAGAGGUAAAGAAAGAAGAGGACAAAAAGGAGACUGAAAAGAAAGAAGAUGAGAAAAAAGAGGUGAAGGCUGAGGAGAAGAAUUGAAAACCAAGAACUUGCUUUGCUGAUCUUCAAUUUAUCAGUUUUCCUCUUUUUCUACAAUAGACUGAAUGAACUGAAUUUGGACAGUUGCAUAUUAGUUUUUUUUUGUUUGUUUUUUUAAUCUGUUUUGCCUCAAGAUCACAAGUCCUUGAUGCCACUUGGGAAAAAUAUAAGAAAGUGAAUUUAUGUAAAAACCCCUUCCCAUCAUUUUCUCUUUUUGCAUCAUGCAAUGCCACACUUUCCAUCCUUGCCAUCUACAGUUCAAUGUUACCUUUGAUUAACUGUGAAAAGAGGCUUGUGAUAGUGAUAAGUCCCACAUUGGGGUGUUUUUGUUUUUUUUGUUUAGUUAUAUUAAAGCAGUUUGUAUGUAGGGGGAGAGGAUAAUGUAGCCUGCUUGUUGGCAGCACAGUGUCAGGGACCAGGUGUUGUAGAGGUGCAUUAUAAAUACGUAAUCCUACAAUGCAUCUUGGUGGACCUCGUUACCCUGUCCAGUGUCAAGCUCUCACCAUUAGACACAGCAAGUAUGACGACAGCGUUUCAGUGGAUGCCUUGUAGACUUACGACUCCUUCCAUCAGUUCUCAUAGGAACUGAUGGAAAGACAUUUUCUCGGCAGUCGAGGGGCAUCGCUGUGUGCUCCAGAUAGCAGUGUCCACUGAUAAGAGAUCAGAUGCACUUAGCUAAAAAUUCUUUUUCUUUUAACUAAGUCCCAUGUGAACGGUUCACAAAAUAUGAUGCAGCUAUGCUCUGACUUCAGUUCCUCUUCAAGUAAUCCAGUUUGCAUUCUUUAGAUCAUAACAUUCCCAGACUUUAAAGCAUGUAGAGUAUAUGUAACAGAGUGUGCCCUAUCUGAUCUGUGUGCUUAACACCCUGUCCUUUAUUUUUCCACUAAUUGACUUCUUAACCUUGCCUCUAAAGUGCAUCUAAGUGCCAGUGCAUCUGUAAAUACAUGUACAUGGAUGAAAUGUUACUUUUCAUUUGCACUUAAAUGAUUUGAAAUGUUUCCUCCACCUUCGAAUAAAAGUUGUCAAAGACCA